AUGUCUAUGAUCACAGCGACGACAUGGGUACCGCGCGGCUUUGCAGCGCCUUUCCCUACCAGGUACCAAUUCGACGAAGAAGAAUAUGAGCGCAUAUCGAAACUUGCAAAUCUCCAGUUGGAAGACGCCAAGGAAGAACUUGAAGAGGCGCAAGCUGAGAAAGCCAAGAGCAACGGAACUUCGAGCAAAGCAGUGAAAAAGGAUGAUGACGAUGAUGACGACGACCUCAAAGAAUACGACCUUGAGCACUACGACGAUGAAGUCGCCCAGGAUCAAGGCGACACCAUGGCAAUGUUCGGCAACGCAAAGAACCUAGUGUUUCACGAGAACGACGAAGAUGACCCGUACAUUACUAUGAAGGGCGGAGACGAAGAGGAUGAGGAGGACCGAGAAGAGCUACAGAUUUUGGCCACAGACAACCUGGUAUUGGCUGGCAGGAUAGAAGACGAAGUUGCACAUUUGGAGGUCUAUGUGUACGAGGACGAGGACGACAAUCUCUACGUGCAUCACGAUAUUAUGCUGCCUGCCAUCCCCCUGGCUGUUGAGUGGCUAGAUCUGCCCGUGGGCAAGUCUGUGGGUACCAGCGAAGGCAAGGGUAACUUUGUGGCCAUCGGCACUAUGGACCCGGACAUUGAGAUUUGGAAUUUGGACGUGGUGGACAGCAUGUACCCAGAUGCGGUACUAGGACAAGGUGCCGACGAUGCGAUAAAAGCCGACAAGCCCAAGAAGAAGAAGAAAAAGUCCAAGAAGGCCAACGAUGAGUUCCACGUUGACUCUGUGCUAUCACUCGCGGCCAACCGUCACCACCGCAACUUGCUUGCGUCGUCGUCGGCUGACAAAACCAUCAAGCUGUGGGAUUUGAACACGACCAAAUGUGCAAAGUCAUACACGUAUCACACGGACAAGGUAUGCUCUGUGGCAUGGCACCCUGUCGAGUCUACUGCGCUUCUGAGUGGUAGCUACGACCGCACCGUGGUGGUGGCUGACAUGCGUGCACCCGAGGCAAAAGCACCACGGUGGGGCGUUGAGAGUGAUGUCGAAAGCGUACGGUGGAAUCCUCACGAUCCGAACUAUUUCUAUGUCUCGACUGAAAACGGCAUGAUACACUAUCACGAUGCUCGCAACGCACCAAAAGAUGCGUCUGCCUCAAAACCUGUAUGGGUACUACAGGCCCAUGACGAGUCCAUUUCGUCGUUUGACAUCAACCCGGUGAUACCUGGUUACUUGGCCACGGGCUCUACAGAUAAGCAAGUAAAACUGUGGAACAUUCAAGAAAGCGGGCCGAGCAUGGUGGUGUCGCGAGACUUGGGCGUUGGCAAAGUCUUCUCCACAUCCUUUGCCCCUGAUAACGAAGUGGGUUUCCGACUGGCAGUGGCCGGAAGCAAGGGCGCAGUGCAGAUUUGGGAUACGAGCACCAAUGCAGCGGUGCGUGCAGCUUUUGCCAGCAAGGUGCCUGCAGUUAGGGGAGAUGGCAAGGAGCGCCUCGUGGGCCUGGAAGAGGAAGACACGGAUUCAGAUUCGGAAGAAGGAGAGAGCAAUGACGAGGAAGGGGAGGAUGGCGAUGACAAAGGAUGGGAGUCGAUGGAGGAGUAG